CUUUGCCGCGAUUCAUAUAGUGAAUAUGUACAAUUGAAUGUGAUAUUUAAGGCUCAGUCCCCCAAUUGACAGUACAACAUAUACACAUAUAACUCGUUUAUGGGUGUGUGAUAUGUGGGUUGGAGACAUGUUUAUUUCGACAUUACAAAGAAUAACGUUUAUAAGCAAUCGCAACACUACUAUGUUGCACUGAUCCCUGCAGUUAGAAAACCACAUUAGUGUCCCACAUUCGGCUGUAGCAGAUGCACGUCUUCGACUUCACUCCUCGGCUUUCGUCUGCAGUCGGUUGCUUCAGCCUCAAAGGCUCUGCGUGGUCAAUCCAAUAUCUAAAGGCUUCCCCACGGCUCCUAUGCACAGCAGCCCAGCAGAAAAGCGGCCAGGGGUCGGAGGAGGACCAGCAUGCUGAGCAGAGCGCAGCAGAGAAGGGCCUUGCUGAGGAGAAGGGCCAGCUGGAGGAGCAGCUUAAAGAGGUCACGGACAAGUACAAGCGGUCCCUGGCAGACACGGAGAACCUGAGGACGAGGAGUCAAAAGAUGGUGGAAGACUCAAAGUUGUAUGGAAUCCAAAGGUUGUGCAAAGACCUGCUGGAGGUGGCGGACAUCUUGGAGAAGGCGACGGAGAGCGUGCCCAGUGAGGAGGUGUCCUCUCAGAAGAACCCCCACCUGAAGAACCUGUACGACGGCCUGGUGAUGACAGAUAAACAGAUGCAGAAGGUGUUCGCCAAGCACGGCCUGGUCAAGCUUAACCCAGACGGAGGGCAGAAGUUCGACCCCUAUGAGCACGAGGCUCUAUUUCACGCCCCUGUGGAGGGUAAAGAGCCCGGCACGGUCGCCGUAGUAACCAAGGUGGGCUACAAACUCCACGGGCGCACCCUCCGGCCGGCAUUGGUGGGCGUGGCCAAAGCCCCUUGAUUAAAAAAAAAAAAGGUUCAGUAUGACCGUGAUGUCAUUGUUUUUGCCUGGGUGACAGAUCACCUUGGCUACUGCAGGCUGGUCAAAGCGCCCCACCCAACCACCUAACGUUGCCUCAGAGGCGGGAAUCCAACUUGAACUAAUAUUAUUACCAUGGACGACAUCACAGCCUGUUUUGACUUUGCAUACCGAUUCUCCACCCUUCUCCUGAAGUGUGCACUUGCUCACUCCCUGUCAUGAAUUAAAAAGCAUUGGAUUGGCUGGAGGGAGUUUACGGCAUUGUUAAGUCCAUGACAGGAAGUGUGCAAGUGCAUACUUUGCGGGGAAGGAUGUCGAAUUGGGACACAAGCCCGUGUAUCUGCCAGGUGCAAUUAUGUUUGAGCAGAAGCAACACUUGUGAUGGCACAUACAGAACCAGUUUGACAAGUCAUUUCUGUCCUAUUUCAGUCAUCAGGAUCAGAUUCCUGUCCAGUCAUUGUAAUUGUUAUGGAUGGGAGAAUGUAAUGUACCUCAUUAUUAUAUACCAAA